GGAAGCUAAACGGAAGGUAAACAAACCGUUGUGGAAAAUUUCGUGCUUAGCUGCAAGCUAAAGUGCUUUAAACCCUUUGAGUGUUUGUUGGGUUUGUUUUAAGUUCAUCCGGGAGUCAUGAACAGCUUCCAGGCCGCCAGCCCUCCGCUCUCUGCUGCUGUGACCCAGAUGUUCAACACGCUGGAGUCGGCUGCAGAACAAAUGAUGGUGCACAGAGACUUCCAAGCGGCUUUUGACACAUGUCUCAGAGGUCUGGAGAGUCUCGAUGGCCUGGAGCCCGAGGACAGCAGAUGUGCAGAGCUCAAGGCUGGUUUCUGCAUCUUAGGGAUUCAGGCUCUGGCUGAGCUCAAUCAGUGGCGUGAUGUCCUCUGCUGGGUCCUGCAACAGUAUGAGCAGGAGAAAAUACCAGCGAAGAUCAUGCAGAUGUGUAUACUUCUUUACUCCAAGGUGGGUGAGCCUGCUGUAAUGCAGGAGGUGACCAGAGCCUGGUUACACUACCCGUCCAACAGCAGGGCGACUAGCUUCAGGACCGUCGCAGAGCUGUACCUGCUGCAUAUCCUUGUGCCGCUGAGAGAAGCAGACGAGGCUCGGGAGCUGAUCAGAGGCGAGCUUUUUAGCAGCGCCUUCACAGAAGAACACAGACAGACAGCGCUGGAUAUCAUAGAAGAAAAAGAGCGACAAAAUCAAGACCCUCCUCUAAAUCCCAGGAUGAGUGGAAGCUCUGACGUCACUGAACAUCCUGUCUCAUCCCAAGGUACUUUAGUCCAUAAACUUGAGGCUGUGAUCAGGUUUUUAUACCGAAAACUCCUGAUGAUUGGUUCUGGCUCAUUCCCUUUCCGGAGAAUCUUUCUGACUGCCAUCCUCCUCUACAUGCUCUUUUUUCGGAUGGAUCCAGCUCUCCCGUCUGCGUUCAUGUGGAUUUCGAAACUUCUGCAGCUGCUCAAACAGAUGUGGAACGCCAUGUUUGCACCCUAUUAUCAGGCAGUCACUCAGAGCAAAGGACUGUAGAGGACUGAAUAUGCUAGGUCUAUCAUUUUAAAUGAAUUCUCUAAGGACUGUUUGUAAGACAACAUGGAUGAUAUUCACGUCAGAUCUAUAAAACAUUUAAAGCGUCCUCAUUCCAGGAAAAUUGCUUUUUUUUUUUUUUUAAGCUGCAGACUCUUCAGCUCACAUGACACAGCUUCCCAUAAAUUCUCCCCAGCUCCUCACUAAUACAUCCUUUGUUUGUCCAUCUCAAAGCAACACAUGAAUCAUCAAGAGUCUGAUGUGUUUUUUUUUCUUUUCCUUUUUUAAGUCUGGGAAGUGACUCACUGUUCUGGUUCAGAGUACCUAGAAUGAUGAGUAGGGGUAAGAAAACAGUUGCAGUCAGUGUAUCACUGUAUGAAUCUGAAAUUUGUUAAAUGAUUAUAACAAUAGUUAUAAUAGUCAGUUUAAGUUUUGUGUACUGCAAUGUGCUGAGGUCCUGUGGCUGCAAAACAAGCCUAAACCAUGACCCCUCUGCCACUGUGCAUGACAUGAGGUGUUUGUCCUGAUAUGGUGUGUCUGGUUGUCAACAAACAUGGUGCUCUGCAUUACAGCCAAACAUUGCCACUUUGGUCUCGUCUCUCCAAAGGACAUUUUUAGAAGUGUUGCACUUGACAUGCUAACUGAGGCCGGUAGAGUCUUGGAUGUAUUUGUUUGCACGUCCAAGAUCAUGCACUGGGUCUGGAAUUUGCUGGGACGUUUACUCCUGAGAAGAUUGGCGACUCCUUUGAAUGUUUUCCAGUUGUGAAUAAUUGUUCUUACUGCAAAAUGAUGGACUUCUGAUUGUUUGGAAAUGACCCUAUAACCUUUUCCAGAUCGAUGGGAAGCCGCAGUUACUUUUUUAACUCUUUCCUCCACAAUUACGACAUUUGACAACAACGUUAAUAGGUGUGAAAGAUGGACAGAGAUGAAGUUUUUCCUCCUUGGCGCUGUGUUAACACACCGGAAUGCUCCAGUCCAGCAAACUGCCGAAACCUCAGCUUUUAUAGAAGUGGUCAUGAUCAAUUAAUCAAGUGCAUUUGAUUUUCAACAUGUUACCCUCUUAAUUCAAAUAGAAGCUGUCAGAUUGUACUUAGUUUUUCACAGGAUUGGAUCUUAAGAAAAUGCACUUACAAUGUAAGAGUGAAGAUAUUUGUUCUGCAUUUAAGUGUCCCUGUGACUGUUCUUAUGUAUUAUUUUAUUGAUAAUUCUCAUAAAUGAACCUUAAAUUUUUAAAGGGUAAUCAAUUUGGAAUUAUAAUUUUGAAUUAUAUGUGUGGAUGUGACAGCGUGUUUGAUAGGACAAAAUCCAGUCACCUUAUUUUUUUUUUAAAUGGAUGGAUGGGUAGUUAAGUAACUGGUUACCUAACAUGCUGUCAGGCCUUUCCAAAAGUAUCAUCAGUAAAAAUUUAAAGAGGGAAAAACAAACUUUUUUUAUAAUCUUAUAUUCCUGUUGUGGAAAUUUGAAUUUAAUUUAUGUGAAGAUCUAUUAAAUUUAAUCUUAUGCAGCACUGUUAAGCAGUUUUAAAUUUAAAUGUUUAAAUUGUUUUCUGAAAGCUUACAAGUAGCGAAAAAAGUAGAAUAAAAGUGUGCAG